AGUGAAUCCACUUCCCGGUCCAUUUCCCUGGGUACCUAUUCUAGGAAAUACUAUAGAUUUGAUUAAAUAUAAGUUAAACGUAGCAGAGUAUUUAAAAGAUAUCCAAUCGAAAUAUGGUGAUUUUUGUGAAGUUCACUUUGGUCUUAAACGACUUAUCAUAAUUUCAAAAAGUGAUGUUGCAUAUCCAAUUCAGACCUAUUCAGUAGCUCUUAAUUAUAAAUUCUUAUAUCGUGAUUUACCAAAUCCUGGAGUACAUGAAAUUGGCAUGGAAGAUAACGGAAUAAUUUUUAAUAGAAAUUUGGAUGAAUGGAAAAUUAAUCGCGAGUUCUUCAUAAAAAUAGCAAUGUCAAAAAAAUUUUUAAAAUUGCUUACUGAAAAAACUUAUAAAAAGACUGUUUAUAUGUUUGAAUUAUGGGAUAUUUUGAUAAAUGAUAAACGAGAUGUUGAUUUGUCAAAAUGGCUAGAAAAGCUUACUGGAGAUAUAGCGGUCUCAACAUCAACUGGACUAUCUGCUUACUCAAUGUUUUCUUAUUUUAAUUCUCUGGGAUAUGAUUAUAAUCGUGAUUGUAUUCAAACUUCUGAAUGGGAACAAUCUUCGAAAUUGAUUUCUCUUAUUCAUCACUUUUUUAAAGCGUCACAAUGGUUCAUUUUAAUCCCACCUUUUAUAAGACAUGCUCCUGGCAUAAGCUACUUUAGCAGCAAGUUUUUAAUCGGUGUAAAAAACUUGGAAGUCUUUUUACUUGAAGUAAUUCAAAAAAAACGUGUGGAAAUCGAUUUAUUACCUAAAGAUACUUCACUAUCGUCCGACUUUUUAACAUUGCUCCUUACCAUCAACACGCCACGGGAUCAAGAUCAUGCUUUAUAUAAGUCAUUAAACCGGUCGUUGAAUAAUCAUGAAAUUUUUGGU